CCAUUUUGAAUCUUCGACUUCAAUCUUUCAGCUGCGCUUCGCGUGACUCUGCCGUUUCCCACGCCAAACGGCCAUUCUGUGUUGCAAUAACCUCUUUACCGCGACAUGUUAUAGCCAGUUGUUAUUUCUAUCCGAUUAUCGCAUCAGUUUGACCGGCGCAACUCUCGUGUGGCGUCAGUCACUCUCUCUCGCUGCCGCCCAUCAUGAGCGAUCUCGACAAAGCGAUCGCGCAGCUGCGCUCAUGCCGCCCCAUUCCGGAAGACCAAGUGCGGGAGCUCUGUCACCGUGCCCGAGAGCUUCUUAUCGAGGAGGGCAACGUCGUCACCGUGACGGCGCCAGUAACAAUAUGUGGUGAUAUCCACGGCCAGUUCCACGACCUAAUGGAGCUUUUCCGCGUCGGCGGCGAUGUUCCCGACACCAACUAUCUCUUCAUGGGUGACUUUGUCGACCGUGGCUUCUACUCUCUCGAAUCAUUCCUCCUCCUCCUCUGCCUCAAAGUUCGAUACCCAGACCGCAUGACACUGAUUCGGGGCAAUCACGAGUCACGGCAGAUUACGACAGUGUAUGGUUUUUACGAUGAAUGUCUUCGCAAGUACGGCAGCGCAAACGUUUGGCGCUAUUGCUGCGACGUAUUCGAUUACCUUGCCCUCGGUGCUAUCGUUUUGGGCGCCUCCAGCACUCUCUCCCCCGGCUCGCCAGAAGACGAUGAUACCGAGAUUGAAGUAUGCGAUCAGGCUGGCUCUAUAAUCAGCCGGUUUCCCCGACAGCCCGCCAACCAAUCUUCCCAGGAGAAACUCGACAACUCCAAUAAAGCCACAGUGGACAAAACGGGCCCUCCCGGCACAGGAGCGUCUGGAUCCAGCAGCGGCAGCGUGGGAAACCCUACGGGGGCCAUCCUCUGCGUGCAUGGUGGAUUGAGUCCUCUUGUUGACACAGUAGAUAAGAUUCGACUCAUUGAUCGGAAACAAGAGGUACCUCACGAAGGAGCCAUGUGCGAUCUUUUGUGGUCUGAUCCGGACGAAAUCGACGGUUGGGGUCUCUCCCCCCGAGGAGCAGGUUUCCUGUUCGGGGCCGAUAUUGUCAAAGUCUUUAACCACCGAAACGAUCUUAGCCUCAUUGCGCGUGCGCAUCAGCUUGUCAUGGAAGGGUUCAAGGAAAUGUUUGACGCUUCCAUUGUCACCGUCUGGUCGGCCCCUAAUUACUGCUACCGAUGUGGCAAUGUCGCCGCCGUCCUGGAACUCACCGAGGACGAAUCAGGGACCGGCAUCUUCCAGAGGACGAAUGGAGACGUUGGUCGUAGUUCUGGUGGCAUAGUUGAGCCGAGAGGUGGUCCCAAGAAUGGGCCUGCUCGGCGGUAUCGUGUGUUCCAAGCUGCGCCACAGGACUCUAGGGGGAUGCCUGCCAAGAAGCCAGUUGCGGAUUACUUCUUGUAAGGGAGGUAUAUUGGCUUGGUUUGCUUCAUUUGUCUGCCUUUCCAGCACUUAGAGGGGUUUCUUCUCCUUUGCUCACAUUUGCCGUUUUGUUUCUUGGUUAUCGAUCAAUCCAGGAGCGGCAAAGGAUAAACUUGUAUUUUUUGAGGGGCGAACAUAUCGGCGUACGGAGGAUCAUAAAUGCAAAUACAAUCACAAGGAUAGUGCUCUUUUCAACAGACGUUCGCUCAUACGUCAUCGUCGCUUGUCAUAUUUCUUUAGGCUUGUCGCACUUGUAUAUAACGCAUACAGCAUCGAAAUGCUUUGAUCAUCUGUAUGUCUGUGACUACGGUUUAUGUUUGCAAAUACGAAGCUUUGCACACCCG